GAUUCUGAGUUGGUUUUAGCAAUUUAUUCUUAGAUUCAGGGUUGAAACUUGGGCUUCAUUUUCAUUCCUCCCUUGAAGCUGGAAAGACUCAAAUUUCAGCUUCUGUCAUAUUUGUUGGGGGUUAAGAGGCUACUGAGAACAACCAUGAAUGCACUAGUGGCAACAAACAGAAACUUUAAGCUGGCAGCACGGCUUCUGGGUUUGGACUCUAAGCUUGAGAAGAGUCUGCUCAUUCCCUUCAGAGAAAUCAAGGUUGAAUGUACCAUACCGAAAGAUGAUGGCAGCCUGGCAUCUUUUGUUGGGUUCAGGGUUCAGCAUGACAAUGCAAGAGGACCCAUGAAAGGAGGCAUUAGAUACCACCCUGAGGUUGACCCGGAUGAAGUGAAUGCCUUGGCACAGCUGAUGACAUGGAAAACAUCAGUGGCAAACAUCCCCUAUGGUGGGGCUAAAGGCGGGAUAGGCUGUGACCCUGGAGAGCUGAGCAUCUCUGAGCUUGAACGUUUGACACGAGUUUUCACUCAGAAGAUUCAUGACCUGAUUGGCGUCCACACAGAUGUUCCAGCUCCUGAUAUGGGCACUGGUCCACGGACUAUGGCAUGGAUACUUGACGAGUACUCAAAAUUCCAUGGAUAUUCACCUGCAGUCGUGACUGGAAAACCAAUUGAUCUUGGAGGAUCACUAGGCAGAAAUGCAGCUACCGGAAGGGGAGUGCUCUUUGCAACAGAGGCCCUGCUUAAUGAGCAUGGGAAAUCCAUCUAUGGCCAAAGAUUUGUCAUACAGGGUUUUGGAAAUGUUGGUUCAUGGGCUGCAAAACUUAUCCAUGAAAGUGGUGGGAAGAUUGUUGCUGUGAGUGACAUCACAGGAGCAAUAAAGAACAGCAAAGGGAUUGACAUCCCAAGCCUGCUCAAUCAUGCCAAAGAACACAAGGGCGUCAAAGGAUUCCAUGGUGGGGACCCUAUAGAUCCCAAGUCAAUUCUGGUUGAAGACUGUGACAUCCUCAUACCGGCAGCCCUUGGUGGUGUCAUCAACAGAGAAAAUGCCAAUGAUAUCAAAGCUAAGUUCAUCAUUGAAGCUGCUAAUCAUCCAACUGAUCCAGAGGCAGACGAGAUCUUGUCAAAGAAAGGUGUGGUUAUCCUUCCAGAUAUAUAUGCAAACUCAGGAGGAGUUACUGUUAGUUACUUUGAGUGGGUUCAGAACAUUCAAGGUUUCAUGUGGGAUGAGGAGAAGGUGAACAAUGAGCUGAAGACAUAUAUGACAAAAGGAUUCAAGGAUGUGAAGGAGAUGUGCAAAACACACAACUGUGAUCUAAGAAUGGGAGCCUUCACCCUUGGAGUUAACCGAGUUGCUCGGGCAACAGUUCUAAGGGGCUGGGAAGCUUAAGGAAAUUAUUAAAUGUACCAAAUAAAGAUGGAGGCUUCAGUGAGGCCCCUGAUUCUUGUAUGCUGCUUUGAUUGAACCUCACCUCAUUCAUGUGAGGGACUUCAAAGAAGUUUAGUCAUAUUUAGUAACUGCUUUGCUGCUUUUCUUCGCAGUGAUUUAAGCACAUUUUCUGGGCUCAGACUAAACAGGGUAAUAAUGGAUCCUCUUUAUGAAUAGAAAGCUAUCAAAUCCACGUCGUUAAUUC